AUUUUUAUUUUCAUAUAUUCUCUCUUCUCCUUUAUAAUUUCCACUCAAAAAAUCAUUUUUCCUGCACAGAAGUCAACUCUCUCUCUCUUUCUCUCUCUCGCAUCUUCUUCAACCUCUGUCUACCAUGGAUGAACAACUUCAAUUGUAAUCUUCUAACCUUCAAAAAAUUUCUCUAAACUCGUCACUGCAUCUAAAUUCUCAUUCUUUCAAAGAACCAAAAAUAUUGGUUUUUUAAGUAGUGAUUCUUAAAUGGGCAACGGAAUUACGAAGCUGAGCAAAUGUUUCAUCGGCGGAGGCGAAAGUCGCCGGAAAAAAGAGAUGGCGAUUAUGGAACCGGAUCCUCUCGACGAAGGAUUAGGCCACUCCUUCUGCUACGUCCGACCCGACCCGACCCGGAUUUCAUCUUCUAAAGUUCACUCAGAGGACGACACGACGACGACGACGUUCCGUACAAUCUCCGGUGCAUCGGUAAGUGCAAACGCCGCCACCCCACUCUCUACUUCUCUCUACGAUCCGUACGGACACAUCGACAGAGCCGCCGCGUUCGAUUGCACGACGUCGUUCUCGUCGAUCCCUUUGCAGCCGAUUCCGAGAAGCUCCGGCCCGAUUGUUCCCGGGUCGGGUCCGUUAGAAAGAGGAUUUCUCUCUGGUCCGAUCGAGAGAGGAUUUAUGUCCGGUCCGCUUGACGGUUUAGGUUUAUUCUCCGGUCCGCUUGAUAAAACCGGCUCCGAAUCCGAUCAAUUCCAGCGUAGCUUCUCUCAUGGUUUAGCUAAUCGGGUCGGGUCAAGAAAAGGAGCUUUUGUUCGGGUUCUCCGUCGAGCGAUCUCCAAGACGAUCAAUCGAGGAGGACAGAACUCGAUCGUGGCCCCGAUUAAAACGGUUAAAGAGCCCGAUUGGGUAUUCGGGUCGGACAAAACCCGGAAUCAGCACAACAACCACCACCACAACGAGAAUCUCACGGUGAACAGCUUGAACUUCAGCAGCGAAGGGAGCUUAGACGACGACGUUUCGCUCGAAAGCCAGAAUCUUCAGUGGGCUCAAGGGAAAGCCGGUGAGGAUCGUGUACACGUAGUCGUGUCGGAAGAACACGGAUGGCUCUUCGUCGGAAUCUACGAUGGAUUCAACGGUCCAGAUGCGCCGGAUUACCUCCUCUCACAUUUAUAUCCAGCCGUUCAUCGUGAGCUCAAAGGAUUGCUAUGGGACGAUCCCAAAACCGACUCGAACUCUCAAGAUUCCUCCUCCGUUUCCGUCGAUCACGACAACAACAACAACAACAAUCCUUGUCCGAGUGGAAACAGUGAUUCGAGCUCGGAGAAAAAGUCAAAGAACGAUGAUCGGAAGUCAAGGAAAUGCGAGGAAAGUCAACGGAGGUGGAGAUGCGAAUGGGAUCGAGAAAGACUCGAUCUUGACCGUUUACUGAAGGAAAAAAUCAACCGGAGGAGUAACGGGUCGGAUCCUCCGGGUCCGGAUCCGAACUCCUCUGACGUUUUAAAGGCUUUGUCAGAGGCACUGAGAAAGACGGAAGAAGCUUACCUAGAGAUUGCAGAUAUGAUGCUCGACGAAAAUCCUGAACUAGCUUUGAUGGGUUCUUGUGUUCUCGUGAUGCUGAUGAAAGGCGAAGACGUUUAUCUGAUGAAUGUCGGAGACAGUAGAGCAGUUCUUGGACAGAAAGCUGAGACAGAGUAUUGGAUAGGGAAGAUCAAACAAGAUUUGGAACGAAUCAACGAAGAAACCAUGAACGAUUUCGAUGGAGAACGAGCUAGUUUGGUCCCGAAUCUUUCAGCUUUUCAGCUUACCGUUGAUCAUAGCACAAAUGUAGAAGAGGAAGUUGAUAGAAUACGAAAAGAGCACCCGGAUGAUGCUAACGCAGUGUCGAAUGAACGUGUUAAAGGCUCAUUAAAGGUCACAAGAGCUUUCGGUGCAGAAGCCGUCUCAGAGGUCGAGCUCUUCAUCACGUUGCAGCCUGAAGGUGACCCGGCGCAACAUUUGGUCCAAGAACUUCUUUUCCGUGCUGCUAAGAAAGCCGGUAUGGAUUUUCAUGAACUGCUUGAGAUACCACAAGGGGAACGGAGACGGUACCACGAUGAUGUUUCCAUUGUAGUGAUCUCUUUAGAAGGAAGAAUGUGGAAAUCUUGUGUAUAAUUAAAAGUUUAAAAAACAAAAACCAUAUAUGAACAUAGAGAGUGUUUCUGAGAUGAUCAGGUUUCUCGAUACAACAAACUCGGAGAAAACAUUUCAAAAUUAUGUAUCAUGUUAAUAAACAGUAAGUAAAAGUUUUGCCUCUGAACUAAUAAACAUGAAGUCUUAACACAAGUCAAUGCUUUUAUUAUCUAUAUCUGUUUUGAUUGUU